UGGAGUGCGUGAAAUUCCUGGGCUUCUCUGACAGUCUCAGGCAGAGAGCUGUGCUCUAUGCAUCUCUCUUUGCACGCAACUCAACGGAGAGGGGGGUGAGGCGCGCCAAGCCUUCCCUCUCGCCUCUCUGCCUGCAUCCCGGUUUCCCAAGCCCGUUUCAGAGUCCGCGCUUUUUGGCAUUUCCAACACCCUCCCGCCUUUCCUUUCUCCCCCUCCCGCACUUUCGCAGAGAGACGCCCUGGAUUCUUAUAGCCCCAAAGAGGAAACAAACAAAGAGUUGAUUAAACAAGCCUAAUCGCUUCUCAACUACAAAGGACCUGAUUGCUAAGAAGUGAGGAAUUAGGGGCUAGAUCAUCUUCAGUACACCAUGAAGAUUGACUUUGAUUUUUCUUUCCAAGGCGUGCACUUGAUGAGCUUGCUAACAUCCAUGCUUUGCUGCUAUCACCAUUGUCACUAAGGAACCACAGUUAGGAGAUUGGUCAUUGACUCUGCCCCUACCCUUUGCUGAAGACAGCUGGGGUCAACAACAUAAGGCCACAGCAGGAAAUCUGACCCUUAAGAAACAAACACACACCCGCUCCACCUUCUGAAUUCUCACAUCAUUUUUUCUUCUCCUAGGAUAAAGGCCUCUGGAUCCAAAGGGAUAGCUGAGAACUUUCCUUGGCACGGAGACUUUGCCUCUCCAGUCAAGAGUUUUCUCUCUUGUGGAACUUAAAGGCUGUAGUACUUAUUACCAGAGCCAUCCUCUCCGGUGUGAGUGGCUUUCAUUUUUUUUUCUCCCAAGUAAAAAAAUAAGAAAGCUUCUUUCAAAAAUGGGCUUUACCCUCCGCUCUGCCUCUUUCACCCUGAAGGUGAGCUUAUUGCUGGGCUCCUUGCUCAGCCUCUGUCUUGGUCUAGAGUUCAUGGGCCUUCCCACUCAGUGGGCCCGUUACCUCCGUUGGGAUGCAAGCACAAGGAGCGACCUCAGCUUCCAGUUGAAGACCAAUGUCUCAUCUGGGCUGCUUCUCUACUUUGACGAUGGCGGUGUCUGCGACUUCCUCUGUUUGACCCUGGUGGAUGGGCGUAUUCAGCUCCGGUUCAGUGUGGACUGUGCUGAAGCCACAGUUGUCACGGAUAAGCAGGUCAAUGACAGCAACCUACACUUCUUGAUGGUUAGUCGCAACCACCUCCGGACUGUUCUAGUGCUGGAUGGUGAAGCCAAGCCUGGUGAAGUGCGCCCACAGCGCCAGUACAUGAACAUUGUCAGUGACCUUUUUGUGGGAGGUGUCCCAUCAGACAUCCGCCCUGCUGCCUUGACCCUUGACAGCGUCCUGAGUGAACCACCGUUUAAAGGAUUUAUCUUGGACCUCAAAUAUGGCAAUUCAGAACCUCAACUCUUGGGCCACCAAGGGGUCCGCCUGGACAUGGAAGGGCUAUGUACAGAGAACCCUUGUGAGAAUGGUGGAACGUGCUUCCUCCUGGAUGGCGAGCCACAGUGUGAUUGCUCAGCCACUGGAUACGUUGGGAAACUCUGUUCUGAAGAUGCCAAUCAUGUUCCAGGCCUUUCACACUUGAUGAUGGGUGAACAAGCAAGGGAUGAGAAUGUAGCCACCUUCCGUGGCUCCGAAUACCUGUGCUAUGACCUCUCCCAGAACCCCAUUCAGAGCAGCAGUGAUGAGAUCACACUAUCCUUCAAGACGUGGCAGCGCAAUGGGCUUAUCCUUCACACGGGCAAGUCGGCUGAUUAUGUCAACCUGGCUCUGAAAGACGGCGCGGUCUCAUUGAUCAUUAACCUGGGGUCCGGAGCUUUUGAGGCCAUUGUGGAGCCAGUCAGUGGCAAAUUUAAUGACAACCAUUGGCACGACGUUAAAGUAACACGCAACCUGCGACAGGUGACAAUCUCUGUGGAUGGAAUCCUCACCACUACGGGCUACACACAAGAGGACUAUACCAUGCUAGGCUCGGAUGACUUCUUCUACGUAGGGGGGAGCCCCAGUACAGCUGAUUUGCCUGGUUCUCCUAUCAGCAAUAACUUCAUGGGCUGCCUCAAAGAGGUUGUUUAUAAGAAUAACGACAUCCGUCUUGAGCUGUCUCGCUUGGCGAGGAUCAGUGACACAAAAAUGAAAAUUUAUGGGGAGGUGAAGUUCACGUGUGAGAAUGUGGCCACGUUGGACCCCAUCAAUUUUGAGACCCCCGAGGCCUACAUUAGCCUGCCUAAAUGGAACACCAAGCGAAUGGGGUCAAUCUCCUUUGACUUCCGCACCACAGAGCCCAACGGCCUUAUACUCUUCACCCAUGGCAAGCCCCAGGAAAGGAAGGAUUCCAGGAGCCAGAAAAACACAAAAGUGGAUUUCUUUGCUGUGGAACUCUUAGAUGGGAACCUCUACCUUCUUCUUGACAUGGGUUCUGGAACAGUCAAAGUGAAGGCCACUCAGAGGAAAGCUAAUGAUGGAGAAUGGUAUCAUGUUGAUAUUCAGAGAGAUGGCAGAUCAGGUACCAUAUCAGUGAACAGCAGACGGACACCCUUCACUGCUAGUGGGGAGAGUGAGAUCCUGGAUCUGGAAGGGGACAUGUACCUUGGUGGACUGCCUGAAAACCGGGCAGGCCUCGUCCUCCCUACUGAGCUUUGGACAGCCAUGUUGAACUAUGGCUAUGUGGGCUGCAUCCGAGACCUCUUCAUCGAUGGGAGGAGCAAAAACAUCCGGCAACUGGCAGAACAGCAGAAUGCUGCCGGGGUCAAAUCUUCCUGCAUUCGGGGCAACAACAAGCAGUGUGACAGCUACCCCUGUAAGAACAAUGCUGUCUGCAAGGAUGGCUGGAACCGCUUCAUAUGUGACUGCACUGGCACUGGCUACUGGGGGAGAACAUGUGAGCGGGAGGCAUCGAUUCUGAGUUAUGAUGGCAGCAUGUAUAUGAAGAUCAUAAUGCCUAUGGUCAUGCACACAGAGGCAGAGGAUGUGUCCUUCCGCUUCAUGUCUCAGCGUGCUUAUGGGCUGCUGAUGGCUACCACGUCACGUGAUUCAGCUGAUACCCUACGCCUAGAGCUGGAUGGGAGCCGUGUCAAACUCAUGGUCAAUCUAGACUGUAUCAGGAUAAACUGUAACGCCAGUAAAGGACCUGAGACACUUUAUGCCGGGCAGAAACUCAAUGACAAUGAGUGGCACACGGUCCGUGUAGUACGUCGAGGAAAAAAUCUCAAGCUGACAGUGGAUGAUGAUGUUGCCGAAGCAGGUACGAUGGUUGGUGACCACACUCGCUUGGAAUUCCACAAUAUUGAGACUGGGAUAAUGACAGAGAAACGUUACAUCUCUGUCAUUCCCUCCAGCUUUAUUGGCCAUCUCCAGAGCCUCAUGUUCAAUGGCCUUCUCUACAUUGACUUAUGCAAGAAUGGAGACAUUGACUAUUGUGAAUUGAAAGCCCGCUUUGGCCUCCGUAACAUCAUUGCGGACCCUGUUACCUUCAAGACCAAGAGCAGCUACCUAAGCUUAGCAACUUUGCAAGCCUACACCUCCAUGCACCUCUUCUUCCAGUUCAAGACAACCUCUGCAGACGGCUUCAUCCUUUUCAACAGUGGUGAUGGAAAUGAUUUUAUUGCAGUUGAACUGGUCAAGGGGUAUAUACAUUAUGUAUUUGACCUUGGGAAUGGUCCUAACGUCAUCAAGGGCAAUAGUGAUCGGCCUUUGAAUGACAAUCAGUGGCACAAUGUGGUCAUCUCGCGAGACAACAGCAACACACACAGCCUAAAAGUGGAUACCAGGGUUGUUACUCAGGUUAUCAAUGGUGCCAAAAACCUGGACCUUAAGGGUGAUCUUUACAUUGCUGGCCUGGCUCAAGGAAUGUAUAGCAACCUCCCAAAGCUGGUAGCAUCCCGUGAUGGGUUUCAGGGCUGCCUAGCAUCAGUGGACUUGAAUGGGCGCCUGCCAGAUCUGAUUAAUGAUGCUCUUCACCGCAGUGGGCAGAUUGAGCGUGGAUGUGAAGGACCAAGCACCACUUGCCAAGAAGACUCCUGUGCCAACCAAGGCAUCUGCAUCCAGCAAUGGGAAGGCUUCAUUUGUGACUGCUCUAUGACUUCAUACUCUGGGAACCAGUGCAAUGACCCUGGUGCAACGUAUAUCUUUGGGAAAAGCGGAGGCUUCAUCCUUUACACCUGGCCGGCAAAUGACAGACCCAGCACGAGGACAGACCGCCUAGCUGUCGGGUUCAGCACAACAGUGAAAGAUGGCAUCUUGGUUCGGAUUGACAGUGCCCCUGGUCUUACUGACUUUCUGCAGCUUCACAUAGAACAAGGCAAGAUUGGUGUAGUUUUCAACAUUGGCACAGUAGAUAUCUCAAUCAAAGAAGAGAGCACCCCAGUGAAUGAUGGCAAAUACCAUGUUGUGCGCUUUACCCGAAAUGGUGGGAAUGCUACUCUUCAGGUGGACAGCUGGCCAGUGAAUGAACACUACCCUUCAGGACGACAGUUAACGAUCUUCAACACCCAGGCGCAAAUAGCCAUUGGAGGAAAAGACAGAGGGCGUCUCUUCCAAGGCCAGCUCUCCGGUCUCUAUUACAAUGGCUUGAAAGUGCUGAACAUGGCAGCAGAGAACAGCCCAAACAUUAAGAUCAAUGGAAGUGUGCGGCUGGUUGGAGAAGUGCCAUCCAUCUUGGGAACAGCACCCACAACCUCCAUGCCACCAGAGAUGUCUACAACUGUCAUGGAGACCACCACUACUAUGGCCACUACUACAACCCGAAGAAACCGUUCCACACCUACCAUUCAGGAUAGCCUGACCACUACAACAGAUGACCUCAUUUCUUCAGACCAUUCAGCAGAAUGUUCUAAUGAUGAUGAAGACCUCAUUGAAUGUGAGCAGAGUGUAGCAAACCCCACGGAGCCAGGCAUCAGACGGGUUCCAGGGGCCUCAGAGGUGGUCCGUGAGUCGAGCAGCACAACGGGGAUGGUCGUCGGCAUUGUAGCUGCUGCCGCCCUCUGCAUCCUGAUCCUCCUGUAUGCCAUGUACAAGUACAGGAACAGGGACGAGGGGUCCUAUCAGGUGGAUGAGACGCGGAACUACAUCAGCAACUCGGCCCAGAGCAAUGGCACGCUCAUGAAGGAGAAGCAGCAGAGUGCAAAGAGCGGCCACAAGAAACAGAAAAACAAGGACAAAGAAUAUUACGUGUAA